UCGGAUGGUGGAAGGACCUAACGUUUCGAGUCGGGGGACCUAUCAUUCGUUUUGAGUCCACGAGGGUUAGGUUACUGUACACCCGGCCGCAUGGAAUCAUCCGAACCUUCUGUCUUCGUCUCUCUCCAGCUGUUCACUGCUCUCUCUCUUUGACGGAGCUGACAUUUCAGAGCUUCUGGGGAGCUCACGAGCAAGAGCCUCUCGAGGCUUGGAAUAUCUCGUCGGCGUUGAUCCACCGCGACCGUCGGGGCGGAGAUCUUCGUCGCAGUGGCUACCGUGUUCUGCAUGCUGGGAGAGUAGUUUGUCUUCUCCGAUGUCGAAUUUCCUGACCAGCUCCUCCCUGUCGAAUCCCAACCCCAACAAGUCGUACGAGGUUAUUCAACCUCCGAGUGAUUCUGUCUCCAGUCUAAGCUUCAGCCCCAAGGCGAAUUUCUUGGUGGCCACUUCAUGGGAUAACCAGGUGAGAUGUUGGGAAAUAGUUCGAAACGCUGCAAAUGUGGGUAGUAUGCCCAAGGCUUCUAUAUCUCAUGACCAGCCGGUUUUGUGCUCAACCUGGAAGGACGAUGGAACUACUGUAUUUUCUGGCGGCUGUGACAAGCAAGUGAAAAUGUGGCCUUUGUCGUCCGGCGGCCAACCAAUGACUCUGGCCAUGCAUGAUGCACCAAUUAAGGAAAUUGCUUGGAUCCCUGAGAUGAAUGUUUUAGUUACUGGAAGCUGGGACAAGACACUUAGGUAUUGGGAUACAAGGCAACCUAAUCCUGUGCAUAGCCAGGCACUUCCUGAGCGCUGCUACGCUCUGACAGUGAGAUAUCCACUAAUGGUUGUUGGAACUGCUGACAGAAAUCUGAUUGUUUUCAACCUACAGAACCCACAGACUGAGUUCAAGAGAAUCACUUCACCUCUGAAGUAUCAGACAAGAUGUCUUGCUGCCUUCCCUGACCAACAAGGAUUUCUGGUUGGUUCAAUAGAAGGACGGGUUGGUGUACAUCAUCUAGAUGAGUCACAACAGAGUAAAAACUUCACAUUCAAAUGCCACAGAGAUGGAAAUGAUAUAUAUUCAGUCAACUCUCUGAACUUUCAUCCUGUGCAUCACACGUUUGCGACUGCUGGUUCUGAUGGUGCCUUCAAUUUUUGGGACAAAGAUAGUAAACAGCGACUGAAGGCAAUGGCAAGGUGUAGCCAACCUAUACCAUGCAGUACCUUCAACAAUGAUGGAUCCUUAUUCGCAUACUCGGUGUGCUACGACUGGAGCAAGGGCGCUGAAAAUCAUAAUCCUGCAACAGCAAAGACCUACAUAUUCCUGCACCUUCCACAGGAGGCCGAGGUUAAAGGAAAGCCACGGCUCGGGACCACUGGUCGAAAGUGAAGGAGCGAUUGGAUCAGCAGCGAUGCAUCCCCAGAGAAACAUCAUAGAUGGAUAUUUUGUGCAUAAAUCAGAGAGUUGUAAUUCUAUCCUAUCUUUACAUGAUCUUCUGGAUUUUUUCAUCCACCUUUGCCACGGACCUUUCUUUUGUACUGCUCUGCACUUUUUUAACUGACGAGUAAUUAUCGGGUCGGGGAAGAAUGUGUCUGUAAAAUCCUGCAUAUAUGUUCAACUGUGAAUUUGAAGAUUUAGGUCAGCUCCUGAUUGUGAAGAUCAGUGAAAACUUCAUGUGUUGAUUACGAUCCAUUUAUGGAUCAAGCUUUUGUUCAAGUUCAGAAAGAAUUCGCAUCAGCA